CCAAAGUCCCAUCAAGAGUUCCGCCCAGGUUAUGCCGUAUCGCGUUAGGCUUUUGUCUGACGAAUGUCGCUCAAUGUAAGGGGGCGACGUCCAGUAGCAGGUGGCAUCCAUGGCACAGCGGGUGUACGGCUUGUUAUAUACCAAAGUAGGACAGAACACAUGGUCCAAUGAAAUGAAAGGAACGAGAAAAAUAAAAUUCCGACGACAUGAUGACGUUUCAAUUUUUAGGACCACUCUUUUUCAUUUUUUUCGAUCGUACGGCCGAGGCAGUUCCAUUGCUUGAAUUGCCAUGACCACCCGACAGCGACAUCUUCGAAGAGGCGGUCCAGAGAUCGAAGAUGCUACCACUCUAAAGCUAGGAGAAGAAUUCAUCAACUCGCAGUGCUUGUAUAUAUCAGAAGUGCGAAUUCUGUUGGAAGCACAAGAGGACACCAAUCGUGCCGGUCUCAAUCGACAAACUACCGGUGUCAUGGCGAAAACGUUGGAAUAUGUUCGUACUUUUAGCCGAUUCAGCAAUCGCGAUUCUGUGCGUGAAGUACGACAGGUGCUUGGCAAGGAUGAUUUGGCCCAGUUUGAAGUGGCUCAAAUAGCCAACCUCUGCUGUGAAGAUGCCGAAGAAGCCAAGGCGCUGAUUCCAAGCUUGGCGAACAAAAUUGAAGACGAGCCGUUACAGGAAAUGCUGAACCAGAUGCUUACCAUCAAAAAAUUCCAAGGCUAAGACCAAUCCCAAGCCGAACCUCCUUGACAAUCAAUCUCAUUUUGUAUCAUAUCAACCACUGGUAAAAGCCUGAUCCAAGUCAAGAAAAACCAGAAAAAAAAAAUUCACUACAUAAUCUUUGCUUGACAUGCCCUCUGAUCGAAACACACACCAUCGUCACCAUUGUUCAAUAAAAAAUACACGUGGAACGGACAACCUUUGCAGUAAUUUAGUAUAAGUUUGGGAAGUUACGAUGGAUUGCAUCAGGAAAUGAUGCUUUUUGUCGCUUGGAGGGUUUUUUU